AUUUCCCUUUCCUGUGGGGCUGGUAAUGUGACAACCGGUGACAGGAAGGACCCAGCCUCCAAGUGGCCACACCCUGUGUGUCUCUCUGUCCUGCAGGCCAUGGUCUCGCCCAUCUGCACAGCUGGGACCAGUGGGAGGAGACGCCAUGACCCCCACCCUCACGGCCCUGCUCUGCCUCGGGAACUCUCUUCCAGGGCUGAGUCUGGGCACCAGGACCCGUGUGCGAGCAGGGACCCUCCCCAAACCCACCCUCUGGGCUGAGCCAGACUCUGUGAUCACCUUGGGGAGACCUGUGACCAUCUGGUGUCAGGGGACCCUGGAUGCCCAGGAGUACCGUCUGGAUAAAGAGGGAAUAUCAGAGCCCUGGGACACACAGACACCACUGGAGCCUGGGAACAACGUCAAGUUCAACAUCCCACACAUGACUGAGCAUUAUGCAGGGCGAUAUCGCUGUUCCUAUCACAGCCCUGCUGGGUGGUCAGAGUCAAGUGACCCCCUGGAGCUGGUGGUGACAGUAUCCUACAGGAAACCCACCCUCUCGGCCCUGCCAAGCCCUGUUGUGAUGUCAGGAGGGAACUUGACUCUCCAGUGUGGUACAUGGACAAAAUUUGACAAGUUCAUUCUGACUAAGGAAGGAGAACACAAGGUCUACCGGACCGAGGACCCACAGCAAACCUCCUAUGGGCAGUUCCAGGCCCUGUUCCCUUUGGGCCCCGUGACCCCCAGCCACAGGUGGAUGUUGAGAUGCUAUGGCUGUAACAGGAAGACCCCCCAGGUGUGGGUGGGCCCCAGUGACCCCCUGGAGCUGUUCAUCCAAGGUGUGUCUAGGAAGCCCUCUCUGCUCAGCACGCAAGGCCCUGUCCUGGCCCCUGGACAGAACCUGACCCUCCAGUGUCACUCUGAUGUCAGCUACGACAGAUUCGCUCUGUCCCAGGAGGAGGGACGUGUCCUCGCCCAGCACCCUGGCUGGCAGCCCCAGGCUGGGCAGUCUCAGGCCGACUUCCCCCUGGGCCCUGUGAGCCGCUCCCAUGGGGGCCAGUACAGAUGCUACGGUGGACACGGCCUCUCCUCCAUGUGGUCGGCCCCCAGCGACCCCCUGGUCAUCCUGAUCGCAGGACAGCUCAAUGACACACCCUCCCUCUUAGUGCAGCUGAGCCCCACGGUAGCCUCAGGACAGGACGUGAUCCUGCUGUGUCAGUCACAGAUCUGGAUGGACACUUUCCUUCUGACCAAGGAGGGGGCAGCCGAUCCCCCCCUGCAUCUCAGAUCUAAGUACAGAGCUGGGAAGUUCCAGGCUGAAUUCUCCAUGAGUCCUGCGACCUCAGCCCAUGGGGCCACCUACAGGUGCUAUGGCUCACUCAGCACCUCCCCCUACCUGUUGUCACUGCCCAGUGACCCCCUGGAGCUCGUGGUUUCAGGUACCACACGAUAUCUCUCGUAUGUUUACUAAAUCCACACCCACGCAGCUCUGCGUGAUGCCCAGGACCCUAACCUGUUGGGGACGAUGUCUGGUGAGCAGAAGGAGGAGAACAGGCUGGGUCAGCAGGGUUUGGUGUCCAGGACUGACUUGGAGACAGGGAAGAUGCAGCAGCAGGUGGAGGGGAGGACAGGCUGGCGAGUUGGAGAGGGGACAGGAGGACAUGCCCUUUACAGCUCUUAUCUUUCAUUUACAAGAGACCCUGAGGACGGAGCCCCUUACCCACACAUGUGGGGUUCCUGGGUCCUGCCAGGACAGGACAGGAGGCUGCUCCGGCCCUGGUGGGACCUGGGUGUGGUCAGGAUGGAGCCCACACCAGACACGCCCCUUCAGACAGGGCUCCCCAGGCUGUGGGCACAGCCCCUCCUGUGCUCCCCUGGUGGCCUCUGUGCUCAGUGCACACCUGAGACUAAGGUGGGACCUGCACCUGCUCACUGGGGCAAGUAAGGGAAUCAUUUGCACAGCACGUCUUGUGUAUAACUCAUUUCUACUCUGCAUUUUCUUACACUCUUGUCCAAUAUUGUUAUCUGUUUAUCUGAAAUUUGAAGAAAUAAUUGAAUAUGUGAAUUUAUAAUUUUAAUUUAAAUGAUACGGAUUUAUGAUUUAGAAAUCAGUACAUUCCCAUUUUGAUUGACACUUGACUUAAUUUGUGUAUUUGGUUUGGAAAAUAAUUUCCAAUAAUAUCAAGUCUUCCUAUCCUAACAUUAAAAAUGGAGGUGUAUUAAUGAAAUUAAGAAAUGCCUUUGAAAUUUCAUUCAUAAGAAUUGUGUGCAUUCAUUCUAAUUUAAAGAAUUGUUCAAAUUCUUUAAUGAUUUAUAAGAGAGGUCUUGGAUUUCUUUAUAUUUUCCCAGUAAGAG